AUGCGGAGCGACGAGUCAUCGCGAGCUCGCGACGGGGCGCCCGUCUACGAGUAUGAGGACGAGCCGUCGGCGCUCGAUGACGACGACGACGAGCAGCAGCCGUGGGUCCAGCCAGAGCUGUACAUUACCACGAGGCCGUUCCGAAAAGACAGGAGCUUCAUCGGGCGCCUUCCACCGAGCGCGAAGGAUGCGCUGUACACCGGCGGCGUGUGCCACUACCUCGCGCUGUACCGGUCGGAGCGGGGCGAGCUCUGGCAGUUCGACUUUGGCCCGUUCGGCGGUGACGUCGCGAGCCGCUUCCUGAACGAUACCGGCAUGGCCACCGGCCAGAAAGAGGAAGGAUCGGGCGGCGCCACACCGGGUCACGUUCGGGAGAAACUCAUCGACGAGAUGCCGCAAGGUGGAGGAACGUACCUCGUCGGGACCACCGAUCUGACCCUGGAUGAGAUCCGCGAGUUCAACACCGGGAGAAACACGAUGUACUCUGUGAACAAGAACGACUGCCGACAUUACGUCAAUGACCUGUGCGAAUAUGGCACCGGCGUAGACAACGUGUGCAGUAAGUACAUCCGGGGAGAGGUUUGGGGCAAAAAAAUUCUGUCCCCAGUGGACGACAGCGGGGAGAACGCCCUCGAUCAGGAGCGACGUCGCCGGGCUACAGAGCUGGCAGUGCUCCUGCCCAUCCUCGCAGUGACAGACCUGGACAACGUCCCGAUAUGGGACCGCGUGGGCCAGGCGUCGACGGCGGCCAUCAUCUUCGGCGUCGGCGUCAGGUGCAUCCCCCCGGCCUUGAUGGCCGCCGCCGCCUCAGUAGCUGCGAGGAUGGGGGGUGCGACGGCGAGCUCGGCGGCGAGCACUGGAGCCACCAUCGGUAUGGCGGCGGCGAAAGCGGGCGCGGCCACGGAGGCGGGAACCAUAUUGAUGCGGGUGGCCAGCGCAGCCCAGCCUCUGGUCGCCCCGUUGUCUCGACGGCUGAUCACCACUGGCGCGGGUGUCGUUGGAGGGUGCAAGGAUGACAUCGCAGCGAAUAUUAGGCGGGGCCAUGAGAGGGCGAAGCAGGCACUCGCAUCGUUCAGGGGUUCCCUGUUAAAACGAGAGGGCGACGUCACGGUGACGAAGGGGAGGUCCGCAUCCGUCAUCCCGACUGUCGGUUGGGCCGGCGGGAAGCUGGCUUCCUCGGCAUCAAACCAAAAGAGGUAG